GAUAUUUCAUUCUCAAAAAACCUCCAACUUUCCAAAGAAUGGCACCUGCUGUUGGAGGCCCAGUGGGAUACACUCCCCCGGAAGGGGGCUGGGGCUGGGUAGUAGUUUUAGCAGCCUUUAUAUCGAUUGGAUUCUCCUAUGCCUUCCCCAAAUCAAUUACAGUAUUUUUCAAAGACAUAGAAGCAAUCUUUGGAGCGACAAGUAGCGAGGUGUCCUGGAUUUCUUCUAUAAUGCUGGCUGUAAUGUAUGCUGGUGGUCCAAUAAGCAGUGUCUUGGUGAACAAGUAUGGAAGUCGUCCUGUUAUGAUUGCUGGUGGUUGUCUUGCUGGGACAGGCUUAAUUGCUGCUUCAUUUUGUAACACUGUUGCUGAGCUGUACCUUUGUAUUGGUGUUGUUGGAGGUUUUGGACUUGCGUUCAACUUAAACCCAGCUUUGACAAUGAUUGGUAAAUAUUUCUUUAAGAAAAGACCCAUAGCAAAUGGAUUGGCUAUGGCAGGGAGUCCUGUAUUUCUGUCCACUUUAGCUCCUCUAAAUCAAUACUUCUACAGCAUUUUCGGGUGGAGAGGAAGUUUCUUAAUUCUGGGUGGUCUUCUGCUGAAUUGCUGUGUUGCUGGGUCUUUGAUGCGUCCCAUAGGACCAAAGCCUGAAGAUACAAAGAAGAAAGUUACUAAAGAGGUGUUGGAAGAGACUGGAAAGUGCAUUUCUAAGGAAGAUGGGGAUGCCAAUAAAGACCUUAUAGAGGGCAAGGCAAAAACUAAGCCAACAGUGUUCCAGACCAUAAAUAAGUUCUUAGACCUAUCUCUCUUCACUCAUCGCGGAUUCCUUCUGUAUCUAUCUGGGCACAUGAUUAUGUUUUUUGGACUGUUUGCUCCUUUAGUCUUUCUUAGCAACUAUGCAAAGAGCAAACAAAUUUCACCUGAGUCUGCUGCAUUUCUGCUUUCAAUUCUUGCAAUUGUUGACAUGGUUGCUAGACCUUCCAUGGGAAUUGUGGCAAACACCAAAUGGGUGAGACCUAAAAUUCAAUAUUUCUUUGCUGUUGCGGUUUUGUACAAUGGAAUAUGCCACCUUCUGGUUCCCCUUUCAACAUCUUAUGUUGGCUUUUGUAUCUAUGCUAGUUUCUUUGGAUUUGCUUUUGGUUGGCUUAGCUCUGUCCUCUUUGAAACACUAAUGGACUUGGUUGGAGCUCAAAGAUUCUCUAGUGCCGUUGGAUUAGUGACAAUUGUAGAAUGCUGUCCAGUGCUUCUGGGACCACCUCUGUUAGGAAGGUUAAAUGAUCUGUAUGGAGACUACAAGUACACCUAUCAAGCUUGUGGAAUAGUUCUAAUUGCUGCUUCAAUCUAUCUCUUUAUUGGGAUGACAAUCCACUAUAGACUCCUGGCAAAGGAACAAAAAGCAGAGGAGAAAAAGUCACAGGAAGCAAAUACAGGGACAACUGAGAACAAAGUCAAUGAACUUUCUCUCCUUCCUCAAAAUUCCGAUGAAGUUUUAAAAGAAGAUGAAAGUCACAUAUGAGAAUUUUUCCAUUUGGCUUAAAUAUAGUACUGAGUGAAUAUAUUAAACAGGUGAUUGAGGUAGUCCCAUUUUUAUUUUAGGAUUUUAUUUUUUAACUGACUGUUUUUAUACAUUGAAUUUUUCAGCUAGAAAUUUGUGUUUCAUUUUUUUUUUUUUUAAUUUACUGAAACUUCUGGAACUGUUUUAAUCUUAGCAGUGACCAUUUUCCACUGAUUUUAUUCUGUGAUGUUUGGACAAGUUGGUAAAUGAAAAGCAACAAAAAGUAAGAAUGAGGUGCUGCUACAGUACAUAAACCUUCAAUGCAUUGAUUGUUUUAGCAACCUUAUGAACAUGUGGUUCCAGGGGUGUACUUCAGUAUUAAAUUUAACUGCUUAAUAUUUCUAGCAGCACCCCAAACCCCUUCUAGAAGCAUAAUGUCAUGCAUUGCUUCUAAUCAUGCAUUUUCUUGCCUGUUUUUUUUUUUUUGUUUGAGUGCCUUUUGUUUGUACUUGCCAUUUCAAAGUGUAUGUGCAAUAUAGGGGGGCCAGUAAAAGGCCAGAGUUUGAGUGUAUACUGUUUUUUUGUUACUAAUUCUAUCUUAAUGGAUUGUUAACUUUGAGCUAAACACAAACGCUCAGGGCAUAAUUUACUUUUAGUGUAUAUAUGCUGUAUGCACAUUUUCUUGUACAUAGGUUUUUAAAUCGUUUGCUUUCAAUAAUAUGGGUGUGUCUGAGAUUAAAAUACUUCUAUAAAAUCCUGGGAUUAAAAAGAACAAUUUUUUAAAAAAAAAAAAAAA